GGCAAAGGCAGACGGUGCCCGGCCAGCAACGAUGGCAGACGCGUAUACUUUUGCUCUGCUCGUCGAAAUAGAAGAAAACGACACACCGAGAUUAAAAAACAAACUAGUGAAGUAUUUCCAAAGUAAGAAGUCUCACGGUGGUGACUGUGUGGUUGACUAUGAAAAUGGCAGCAGGACGGCGUUGCUUCGCUUCCGCACAGAGGAGGACCGGCAAAAUGUUCUGUCGAAAGAGGCGCAUCAGAUCAGUUUGGAUAAAGGCGUGUUAAAGAUGACAGUUCGCCUGACACCAGAUGACACAAAGACGCAGGAACCUGCAUCUGAAAGUUUCAACAAGAAAUCAGCGACUAUUUCUCUGAGUAACCAACAAUCAAGCACUGAGCCCACGCCUGCAGCUGAAGUUCAGACAGCGGCAAAAGGCGAAGACGAUGACUCAGCGGAUGAAAAGCUCUGCGCCACUUCGGCUGUUUUAGGAAAUAUUCUAGAGACAGUGAACCUGGAGUUUUUUGAGAUGCUAGUUGAGAACAUUUUGAAAGAUCCUGACUCUCCAUCUGCCUCUCAAACCUUCACCUUGGAAGUCAUUCCUGACAUGGCAUCUGUUGUGGUAACUUUCCAGAGUGGAAAAGAAUGCACCAAUUUCAUGACAAGAUGUCCCAAAAACAGGACAUUCACAAAGAAGAAAUUCUCAGUCCAACCUCUUCAAGUCACAGAUCAAGUUCUAGUUGAAGACCUACAAGAUAGUUGCGAAGAUCUCCUGCGCCUUUAUUUUGAGGAUGUAGGUGGGGAUGUGGAAAAUGUUGAGUUUAAAGAAGGAGAUCAGUCUGCCAUCAUCACCUUUAAAGAGUGUAAAGCUGUUCAGAAAGUCAUGGAGACGAAGCAUCACAUCAAACAGAACAUAAUCAGAGUUUAUCCUUUUUACAAAUCUUUGGGAACAGCCCUGUAUGGAAAAGACAAGCCUUCACUAAAACUCCCUGCUGCCAUCUCUGAACCCAUUGACAGUGCGGUCUGGAGAUAUCUAAAUGACAACCAAUCAGCAGCGAAGACCAUUCACAGCCAGUUGGCAAAACACUUCUGUAAUGUGAACCUCAAGCAGCCUACUGUGUGCUUGAGCCCUGUAUCUUCUCUACUACAGCAAAAGGAUGCCAAAGGCAUCAUCAAAGAAUGGGGGGGUACUGUGAAGUUGGCCUUUACACAAGCUCUGUCACAAUUCAAAUCCCUGAAGUUUCAGCUAGAGCCAGAGGCAUGGGAAGAGUCUGAGGAGAAGGUCCGACAGACGUUAUUGAAUGAGAAUGUGGUUGUAGUGCCUGAUAAAGCCGGCAGUGUCAUAUCAGUGGUUGGCUUUGUUGCAGAUGUCAGUAGACUAGAGCAGACUCUUAGUGAAGUCGUAACUAAGAUUAUGAAAAAAGUACAGAGAAAGAAAUCGUCUGUAACCGACGAGUUAAAAGUGUCACAGUCAAUUUUCCACAUGCUUUGUCAAGAUGGUCUUCAGGAUAAGCUGCUUCGUGUGUACCCUGAACUGAAAAUGUCAUUUAGGAAAGACUGUCCGGAUUUGAUAUUAACUGGCUUAAGGGAAGAGGUUAUGGCAGCAAGCAAAGUCAUAUAUGAUGCGAUGUUUGCACUAAAACGUCAGAAUUUGGAAAUAGAUAAGUUUGUGCUUGACUUGUUGAAGGAUGAACAACAAGAUGAGCUUACAAAGGCUCUUCUCACAUCUAAUGGAAUAAAUGCAGUCUUUGAGAUUAAUGCACAUAGGGUGCAGCUCCUUGCUGUCUCUGACAGAGAUCUGAGUGAUGCCGAAGACCAUCUGGGACGUGUGCUAAUAUCUGAAUACAUUAAUGUUGAAGACAGUAAUGUUCUGAAGAAGCCAGAGUGGCAGGACCUGAUCAGUCAGUUAGAAAACGCCAACAACACGUCAGGCAGGAGAGUCCGAAUCCACACCACUGGUCAACAAGUUGUGGUGUCAGGCCCCAAGGACAGUGUCAGUAGAGUUAACAGUAAACUUGAUGACUUUUUAAUGCUGAAUGCUCAAGUGGAAGAAACUGUUGUGGUCAAGCCCAACACCGUAGUUGAAUUCAUUAAAAAAAAAGACACAUCUUGGUUGGAGCAAGUGAAUGAGCAAGUGAAAGUGUCUUACAAAAAUGAGGCCGUCUGCCUAAGUGGUUCUAGAGUUGAUGUCACAAAGUGUAAAACCUUGGUUGAAAACGUAGUCUCUUCUGUGGUCUGUGAAAGGUUAAAAGUCACCAAACCUGGAGUGAAGAAGUUCUUCCAGGAUAAAGAAACAAUGUAUGUCUCCUCACUCUUGAGUGAAACUGGCUGCUUAGUUGAGCUUGUUGAUGAUACAAGUGUUAUACUAACACCUUCGUACAAGCUUCAGACAGCUGAUGGAGUUGAAAUAGCUGUUUGCAAGGCAGAUAUGUGCAGCUACCCAGUACAUGCAGUUGUCAAUGCCUCUACUAGAGACUUGAAACAUAAAGGAGGUCUUGCAGGAGCACUCCUUAAUGCUGCUGGCCCUCAGUUGCAGGAUGAAUGUGACAAAAUUAUUAACUCGAAUGGACAGCUCAAGCCUGGAGACUGUGUCAUAACUGGUGCAGGGGGGAAACUUUGCUGCAAAAAAGUGAUCCAUGCAGUGGGACCCACAUUUGAUAAAGCUAAUCCCCAGAAGUCUCUGGCACAGUUGAAAAAAGUUGUUAAAGGAAGCUUAGAACUUGCUGAAAAGAACGGCUGCGUCUCUGUGGCUCUGCCUACCAUCAGCAGAAGCCAAGGCUUUCCUCUUAAGUUGUGCGCAGACACCAUCAUCAAAGCAGUGAAGGACCACCAUGAUGGCAUGUACGAUGAUAGCACACUGAAGAAGAUCCAUUUUGUCGACAAUGACGACAUUGCUGUUCAGACUAUGGAGGCAGCUGUCAGACAGGUGUAUGGAAAUCAUGAUGUCAGUCAUUCUCAACAAACUCCUACUAAAGUUGCCACCCCUCUACCCGUGAAAGCUGCUGGAGCUGACCCCAACCGCUUGGGUAAAGUGACGACCAAAGAGGGUGUGAGCAUCACUCUCACCAAAGGAAAUAUUGAGCAUGCCACGACGGAGGUGACUGUGAAUACUGUGUUUGAGGAUCUUGCACUGAACCGAGGGGCAGUAUCAAGUGCCAUUUUCCGGGUGGCUGGACCCAAACUUCAGGAGUUUGUAACCGCAAAAAAUCCUAGUGGAACUGUCGGUGAGGUCAUUGUUACUGAAGGCUGCAAGCUGAAGAGCAGCCAAGUCUUUCAUGUGGUGACACCUCAUUGGGACAAUGGACAAGGCACUGCUGAGAAGAUCUUGGGUGGCAUUUUCAAGGAUUGUUUGGAUAAGGCAGAGGACACUGGUCUUACCUCCAUAUCCUUCCCUGCCAUUGGAACUGGAAACCUUGGUUUUCCAAAAGAUGUCAUAGCCUCAUUGAUGUUGGAUAACAUCUUAGAGUUUAGCAGUAAGAAACAACCAAAGCACCUGAAGAAGGUCGUGAUCAUACUUUAUUCAGGGGAUGCACCGACUAUCCAGGUUUUUAGUGAUGAAUUUAAGAAGAAGUUCCCCAAUGCUUCGGGUCUUCCAGUGGCCACAAGUUCCCCACAGAGUCAAGGUCCCUUCACUAAAGUUGCCUCGACCUCAGGAAUGCAUGAGACCAAAAUGGGAAGUGUGGUUAUACAGGUGGUCACAGGAGACAUAACCAAGGAGACCACUGAUGUCAUCGUCAACUCCUCCAAUGAGAGUUUCUCUCUUAAGUCAGGAGUAUCAAAGGCUAUUCUGGAUGGAGCUGGUCAGGCUGUUGAAGCAGAAUGCCAAACCCUUGGUGCCCAGGCCAACACAGGCAUAAUAAUGACCCAGCCAGGUAACCUGAAGUGUAAGAAGAUCCUCCACCUGGUUGGACAGACGGACCUAGUAAAAAUCAACAAGGUUGUAAAGGAAGCACUUCAACUGUGUGUGAAGAACUCACACACUUCUGUCUCAUUUCCUGCCAUUGGCACAGGUCAAGGCAAUGUACAAGCAAAGCAGGUGGCAGAUGCCAUGUUGGAUGCAGUGAUUGAUGUGUUGAGCCAAAACACUUCCAGUACCCUGAAGACAAUCCGGAUAGUUAUUUUCCAGGCACCCAUGCUAAAAGAGUUUUACAGCAGUAUGCACCAAAGGGAAGCACCUGAUCCUAAAAAUCAAGCAGGUUUCUGGGGAAACAUCGGCUCCAAAAUCAAAUCAUUAUUCGUUGGAACAGCUGAUAAGCCACAGAAAGAAGAGGAUUUUGUCAUUGAGCCUCUGAAAGUGGACCCUGCUUGUUUCCACAUCUGCGGCAACUCACAAGUUAGGGUUGACAAAGCCAAGCAGUGGAUCAAUGACCUGAUAUCGAAAGAACAGCACGCCACGUGCAUUAACGACAACAACAUCCUCACCUUAUCUGAUGCAAGCCACAAGCGCAUUGUUGACAUCCAGAAGACGUUGUGUGUGAGCAUAAAGACUGAGAGCAAGAAGACCAACGCCUCAAUCACCAUUGAGGGGCUCUGCAAGGAUGUUCUUGAAGCCAGCAGUGAGAUCCAUGACAUGCUGAGGAAGGCGAGAGAUGAUGAGGACCUGAAGAAGAAAGUGGAGCUGGCAGGCACAGUGGCAGAGUGGCAGUACCAGCAGACUGGGAUGCAGUUUCAGAGUUUUGAUCCAAUGACCAACUAUGAGCUUGAACAAGCAUUGGAAAAGAAGCUUCAAAGUGUGAAAGUUACCGUCCAGGGUCAAGAUUACACAGUCACCAUGCCGAUGGGACCUGCCACUGAUAACCAGGGACGUACCCUAGAGAUAAAACGCAUUGACAAACUAAAAGAUGAGGACGUGCCUGAGUUCUGGGAUACCAUGCCACCCAACACCUCGUGUCUGGCUGUGGACAUCAAGGCUGGGACAGCAGAGUACACAGAAGUUGAGAGGCUGUUCAAGGCCACAUGUGGACAACCCAUUAUUAAGAUCGAGAGGAUCCAGAACCCUGUUUUGUGGAAAAGCCUACAGCUCAAGAAGCAUGACAUGGAGCAGAGAAAUGGUCAUCAGAACAACGAGAAACGGCUCUUCCAUGGCACCUGCCAAACCACUGUGCCCACCAUCAACGAAAACGGCUUCAACAGAAGUUAUGCAGGAAAGAACGCUACUUGUUAUGGCAAAGGCACAUACUUUGCUGUCAAGGCUAGUUACUCCGCCCAGGGCACCUACUCCAGGCCGAAUGCAGCUGGGGAGAAGUUCAUGUACUUAUGUCGAGUGCUGACGGGGGAUUUCACUGCCGGACAAACAAACAUGGUCGCACCACCAUCCAAGGGUGCUGUCUCUGUUCAGCUGUAUGACAGCGUUGUGGACAACAUAGCCACUCCCAACAUGUUCAUUAUCUUCCAUGACAGCCAUGCUUAUCCUGAAUAUUUGAUUAAGUUCAAGUAAAACGCACACAAACACAAAAACAAAUACCGUACAAUAAACAACUCUGAACUACAUCAACUGAUUAAUGUAUUUGUUUCUGCAUCUACUUAACAUAUUUGAUUUAAACUUACAAUUAACAAAAUACAAUAAAACUAAUUUCCUCGUUUACAAACAACUAACAUAAAUCCUAGGAGUCAAUGAUGUAAGUAUUUGUGGUCUAAUCCAAUAUGGUUGGCCUUGAAAAUAUCCCUGUGAAAAAAUCAAAGAAUGAAAAUAAAAAUGUUACGUUUAAAAAAGUUAUGCAUAUAUGUUUUGCUCUGUGUAACUGCACCAUUCACUGUACUGAUGUGCCUUUGUAUGAGUAAAUCAGGUUAACAAUCACUUUUGGAAACAUAUCCACUGUUCUAUAAACAAACGUACACAAAUAAAAGUUAAUACAAAUACACUGAAA